GAGGUCAGUGUAAACACUGGGACGUGUAAUAAGUGUACUGGGCAAAUGUCAUACUUCAGCUCUAGGACAUUGCAACAAACUGGCAACUCCCCAGCGUGAGACAUUAUAUAAAGAGCUGGGCGCGAUUUCAGACCUGGAGGUGUGGCACGCGUGGCACUGUGACUCGCUUGGCGCGUGAGCUGUACUGGAUUUCCACGGCUGCUGAACUGUAGUUUCACUUUGCUGAGUGAACAUGGAGAGUGAAAGAGUUAGAGACCGUUCGUCCAGAAACCGAAGAAAAAGGUUCCUCCUCAUUGGCGUCGCUGUGCUCGUAGUUGUGGCUGUUCUCGCUAUUGUUUUUGGAAUUAUUGCAGCUGCGAAAAACUCGGCCAACUCCUCAGACAGUUUCAAGAACGUCGUCAUUAAAAGAUGUGAAACAUACCUAAAAGAAAAAGAAAACAUGCCAGGGAAGAAUGACUGCAAGAUAAUCUGGGGGGCUUUUGAGCAGGCCUACAUCGGGAGAGAUCCAUGUGAUGUUCCUCCUGAGGCGUAUGAUCCUCUGAUAAGUUCAGUCAAACAGGAUGUCACCUGUAAUACUAUGCUGUUCUGGAGCAAAACAAAAACCAUGGUACAUGCAUUUACUGACAACAGAGAUUGCGUGAUCACUUUGGAGGAUACACUGCUUGGAUUUUUGUUUGAUGGACUGACUUGGUGCAGCAAAAAUGAUAGCAAAGAAACCUUCACUACAGCUUGUCCCAGUUGGUCAGAUUGUCAAAACAACCCAGUGCGAUCUUUCUGGAUUAAGGCUUCUCUUAACUUUGCUGGCACUGCUUGUGGGAAUGUGUCUGCAAUGUUAAAUGGAUCCCUGGAAGCCCCCUUCAGCUCCACAAGUGUAUUUGGAAGUGUGGAAGUGAAGAAUUUAAAUCCUGAUAAAGUAGAUGGUUUGACCGUAUUGCUUGUCACCAAGGACACAGACACGAUCAUUGCCAUGCUGGAAGACCCAGUCGACAAAGACCCAGACGACGAAGCAGAAAGAGAUAGUCAACUUGGUGUAUAUAAACGUUUGGCCCACUACAAUUCUGAUAUAGUGAAUUAAAGCUGAAAUAAAUCUCCCUCUAUUAGGCCAAUUUCACACUUCCAGGUUUGUUGCUUCCGGAAAUGACUGUUGCAGGGUAACCUGACUUCCAGUAUCAGCAAUGGCUGAGUUAAGUAACAAGUCUUUCUGUAGUGUGCCUCAGUGCAGUAAUUCAAAACAAAAACAACCAUAUUUAAAGCUUUCACGAUUUUCCAUCAAAGGAAAAUCAAAGGAAGAAGUCUGUCUGUGCAAGAGGGAGAGAAUCAUAGAUGUUCGUGAUUCGUAGACGCAGCACAUUCGUGUGUAGUCAGCAUUUCACUGCUGCCCACUAUAUUCAAGGAAGUUAUCGUCUGAAGGUUGGUGCUAUUCCAAGUCAUUUUCAAUGGAACAUGUUUUAUGUACCACCUCAAAAGUAGUCUGCAUUAGAGAGAUCUAGUGCUCGACUAGGAAUAGAUGUGCGUGCCCCGAAGACCAUGGAAUUAAAGGAUGUCUCAACUAGUUUGGAAACUAGCGUCAAGGACCAUGACUACGCGGCACACCCCCCUGCCGGUAAGUGUUUGUGUGCAUCUUUACUCUUUACCUUAAAGUGUACAUAAGCUGUGAUGUGAUAUGCAAUACUAACGUGGUUAAUAGUUUUUUCUUACAAGCUGUGCAAAACAAUUAACAACUAGCUGCAAGCGUGUUACCACUAUGUCUCCCUUGUUUAACACACCCAGUUCAAGUCAUAAAGCACUGCACUAACAAGCACAUGAGCAGAAUUAGGUGUCUAAAAUAAAGGAGACAUACAAAAUCUGAAGUCUUUGGUUACUUCAGGAGUCAGAACCUGGGAAACAUUAAAUACAACGUACAAUACUCUGAUAAUUUCAUUAUGAACUUGAAAAGUAGUAGAUUAUUUUGUAGUUCAUAAUGAAAAUGCCAGAGUAUGGCAAUAAUAUACAUAUUUUUAAUUCUAUGAUAAGGUAAUAAUGUCAUAAUGGAGUCCAUGGAGAUGUAUGCAAACACAGAGCUUCUUUAAUAACACACACGGACAAGACACAAGGAAACAACAAGCACAGGGAAACAAGAACCUGAAACAAAGACUCGGGGAGCUAGGCUAAUACAAAGGCUAGGACUAACAGAAUACAGACUAGUGAGCAAUAUAUAUACACAGUGCAAACUUUAACUAAGCUACCACAAAAACAAAACACUGGCAUGACAAAACUUCACACAAAUCUGACAAACUUAACAAACCUAACAAACCUGACAAAAUGCUCCAACAAACAAGAGGGGGAAAAUAAGGAACAGGUGAGCCACACAGGAAAUAAGGCAAACUGUAGAGGAUGUUGUUCUACACAGGGAGUCUGUGUGCCUUCUAGUGGCCCAAUGUGGAACUGCCCCUGACAAAUAAUGUACUUUAGUGGUUUUUUUUCCACUUAACCUAAUGAUAUGAUUCUCAUUUUUGUAGGUACAUUGGAUGAGGCCUUGGAAUACAUCGCAGAGCUGGAGGCUACGCUGAAGAAAAUUUCACUGGAGUCACCAACUAUAUUUAUUAUGUUUUGUGUGUCUGCUCACACAAUCCACCACUACACCAGGUUUUCCUCACAGGAAGUUUUCCAGGUCUUCUGGGAGUCCAUUUGUCCACCUGCUACAAACCUUGUGAAUUGGCCCAAGGCACAGAGGAUAGGACAAGAAGCUUUCCCAACACCAAGUCCUGCGUGGAAAGUCCAGCUCAUAGAUGCGCUGUUCAUCUACUGCUGCCGGGUAGCUGCUGGCCUUAGGGAGGUAGUAAUUGCUGACAUCUUUGGUGUUAGCAUGGCCACAGUAAGCAGCACCAUCAUUACUUGGGGAAAUUAUCUGUACUUUGUCUUAGGAGGCAACAAAUUGCCUCCUCCAUGCCUGAGAAGUUCAGAUUAUUCAGUUCAAAAUUGCGAGUCAUCCUGGACUGUACAGAAAUUCUCUGUGAGAGUCUCACCUCUCUGACGCUCCACUCGGAGAUAUUCUCCAAAUAUAAGAGCACCACAACAUUUAAAGAUCUUGUUGGAGUUGCUCCAUCUGGUGCAGUGACUUUCAUCUCGCACCUUUACACAGGUUCAAUCUCUGACAAGGAAAUUACAAAGAAGUGUAGAAUUUUGGACCUGCGUGAACCUGGAGAUGAGGUAAUGGCAGACAAAGGGUUCAUAAUUGAGGAUAUGCUUACCAGUGUUGGCACUAGACUGAUUAUUCCACCCUUCAAACAUGAGAGACAGUUCAGCAGAAUGGACAAACAUAUGCAAUUGCAUGACUCAGAAUUCUGGUGGAAAGAGUAAUUUGAAUGGUUAACGAAAAGCACAUCUAGGAUUCUGCUAUACCACUCAGCUUGUCAAGAACAAUUGAUCAGAUCUGGCAUAAUUGCUGUUUUAUGGUGAAUCUAAAGCAUUUUCAUGUUUUAUUUAGAUUGUAUGAUUCUUUACUUUGUAUCACCUUUUUAGAGGUUUGUCAAGUAAUCUAUGCACUGCUCUGGGCUCAGAGAUAGGUUGCUACUUGUUUUAACAAACUAAAAUUUGUACAUAGUUUACUGAAAAUAAUCAGACAGAGACAAUGGAAAACUUUUGUCUUUUUUGAAAAAUCAAUAAAAAAUAAAUAAGUCAAACCUC